CCAAUCUAAACUGUAUGCGCCUAGAUUUGUAAAUUUUCCUCAUACUAUCUAUGUUAUAAGCGAUCUAGUGAAAGAGUUGGGAAAACACAAGAUCAACAUUCUUUAUGGAGGUACUAGUAUCUAUUUCUUUGACCACCUUGUAAUGGCUGCUAAAUGCUUUGAUUUAGAGGUAAGAAGUAUCCUCCCUUUCCAUCUCACUUCAUCAAAAGUUGACAAAGAUUCUGCUAUUUUGAUGAUAACUCUUUCUAUUUAUGAGCGUCUGAUGACUAUGGUUUAUGGUUGUGAUGCUUUCCUCGUUCUUCCUGGUGGAUAUGGAACCUCAAUGACUGUUUUCACUCUUGCUACAUGGGCAGAAAUGAAAUUCUAUACCAAACCUAUUGGUCUGUUGAAUUUCACUAACUUUUUUCAAAUCUUGUUUGGAUUUCUAGAUGAAGGAAUGUAUCAAUCUUUUAUAUCUCCUUCAGAAAGAGAAAUAUUCAAGUCUUCUAACACAUCUUCUGAACUUAUGAAGAAGCUUCAAGAUAGCAUCUCUACAAUUCAAGAUUCGUUGUAUACCAUGUCGAACGUCCUUUGCUUUCAUUGUCCCUUCGUUGGUCUUGGUGGUUGCACGGACAAGGGUGGUAAGGGGCUCACCAAAGCCUCCCUACUUGUUCACCUUCGUGAGAAGCAUUUCACGGGUGAUGCGCGGGCCAUCACAAGAGAGACCCUUACUUCUAAUUUCAAUGUUUUUAGUGCAGCUGAGGUCACUCUUAAGCGUAUGGGUCAUUGGCUUUGUGGAGUUUGUUUUAAAAUUCCUGCUCUUCGCAAACAGUGCCGUCAUAGUGGGGGAUCUGACUCUGUGGCGCCCCCUGAUUGUGGGGAUGGUAUUGUCCGUUUUGUCCUUUAUGAUAUCCCCAAGCCAGAGCCCCCUUGUUCUGCUGAGCUUGUUUUGGCUCGGGGCCUUUCGCAAGAUCCCUCGUGUGGUUUCGAUGUGGGCCUACUUGAUAGCUUAUUUUCUAAGGGGCUUCGCACUGUGAAAUCUAUACCUCCUAAGUGCCGCUUGGGGUUUUCUCGUGUUUUGAUAGGCGCUCUCGACAAGGUCAUUUGUAAGCCAAUUGAUCUCUCUUGCUGGGUUAGUUUGCUUGUUUUGCCAAUUUGUAUCCUCAAGACCUUUCGCCCCCGAAGUUGUCUUGAGUGCAAGUCUGGGACUAAACGUCAAAGGCAAGAAGAGAGCAUUACCGCUGCUAUUAAAUCAUGGGGCGAACCUGGGGGACCGAUGUUUCUGGUUAGGGAAACUUUGGCCGAGCCUUCUCCCUCUUUGGUUGGUGUAGGUGAUGAUGACUUGGAUUUGGUCGAGAGUAGUCUGCGCCAGUGUAAGAGAAAGAUAUGUGAUGGCCAUUAUACCGCAGCGGUUAGGGUCCUCUCUUCCUCUGGCGUUGCCCCUUAUACAGGCGCCACACUUGAGGAGUUGCAGGCUAAGCACCCCUUUUCGCCUCCUCCCUCAUUGCCUCGUUUAGAUGUAGAUUGUGAGGCACCCUCAGCCUCCACCCGUGUUGUUCUUGAUAGCAUUCGGAGUUUCCCUCGUGGUACAUCCUGUGGGCGUGAUGGGCUUCGUGCUCAAUACUUUAUUGAUUGUUUGAGUGGGGCUGCUGCUGCCAUUUCGGAUGAGUUGAUCUGCUCUAUCACGCAUGUGGUUAACCUCUUCCUUGGUGGGGAAUGUCCAGAGGUGCUCGGGGAGUAUAUUGCUAGUGCCCCUCUCACUCCGCUUGUUAAACCUGGUGGUGUUACCGAUUCGGCGGAAUCUGUAUUCUCCUUAUCUCCUAGGCAGGUGGCCUUGUGGAAGUCACAACAGGGUGAUCACGCAUCAGAUUGGCUCCGCGCAGUCCCGAUUUCUGGGUUAGGGCAAACGAUGAAUGGUAAGACCUACCGUGCUGUGCUCUGCUAUCGGUUAAGUGUGCCAUUAUUUUCCAUUUCCAGACCAUGUUCGGCUUGCUCUCGGGUCUUUGACGGGGAUAUAUUUGGUGACCAUGCGGUGUCAUGUGCCGGUGUUGUUGGCAUUAAACAUCGCCAUAACCUUGUUCGCGAUACUCUUUCAGAUGUCUGCUUUCGCUCCGGGAUCUCUGUUGGUAAGGAGGUCGAUAUUGGGCUCCUCGAUGCGCAAGAUAGACCACUUCGCCCUGCUGACUUACUACUUUACUCAUGGGAUAGGGGGCUUGACGUUUGCGUUGAUUUGACUGGUUCCUCGCUCUUGACCCAGUUCGGGAUGUCUGACUUCGUUCCGGGACGUGUUGUGGUUGAUGCCGCUCAGCGCAAACGUGCGAAAUAUGACGCCUUGUGUGCAACUAAGGGCUAUGGAUUUCUUCCAUUCUCUUUCUCUUCUUUAAGGGAGUUGCACACGGAGGCCAUUGGCCUACUCAAGAGGAUACAGAAGUAUUCU